AUGGAGGCUACCGUAAUUGGAUCGGGGAGGCGUAGGGGGAGAAAAAGGAAGAUAAGGGAUGUAGAGAAUGUAACAGUGGAUCGUGAUGGCAAGGCGAAGAUAAUGGAGACUAGGAUGAAUUACGAGGAUGGUGAUUAUGAGGAUUUGGAGAGUGGGGAAUUAAAGGUGCUUUUGGUUGCAGAUAGCAAAGUAAUUGGUGAAUGGUUGGAGAGAAAAAAGAAAUUGGAUGAGCUAUUGUUAAGUAAAGAUCCCACAAACGGUGGGGUUGGUGCUAUUGAAGUGGAGGAGGUCCAAGAAAAAGCUAUUAUUUGCGCGGAUGGUGAUUCAUCAAGUGAUUCGUGUGAGGAUGCUCAGGAGCAAAAUGUUAGUCUGGAGGAGGAAGCACAUGUUGUUCCUCCGCCAGAAUUGCCUCCUUCUUCCGGGCACAUUGGUGUCCCAGAGGACGCCAUAUUGAAAGGCUCUCAUCUGAAGGUUCAGAGCUUCCAUCAAAGUGCUCGAGGUGCUUGGAUUGGAGUUUGCUUGAUUCAUUGA